CUUGGGAUCACGGCGUGGUGACCAGAGCGGGCAAGGGAUUCGCCGUCCUAUCAGUCUUCUUCUUCCUCCUAUUCAUACCCAUUGAGCGUAUCGCUGCUCACGAAGCCAACCUGCAUCCUCGUACACUCGCCAGCGGCAUAUCAGCCCGGGAGCAACUGAAGCGGCGCGGCUCCUUCUAGAGACGAACCAGGAUGGUGACAUGGUCACAAGCAAUGGGUUGAUGCGCGUGUUCUGGCCGUCAGGAGCGGCAGAUGGAUCGUCAGCUGGUGUUCUUGUCGGUUUCAGGAACUCGGAGCUCGACAUCUUUGUGGUCUCUAUUCUUCAAGAUGUAGAGCUUCGCAGCGUCGAGAAUGCGUUGGCCGUUGGAUUGCUUUUCCGAAAGAGCCCGUUCAACAUUCAGGAACUCCUGAGGCGAUGCGGACAUUCCUCCAUGCGCGUCUUGGGGGUCGUCAAUCCGAAAGUUGUCCCAGAUCUUCUUGAUUCUGGGCUCGUGGUCACUUAUACCGACGCACGCGAUAACCUCCCACGCCUCAGAGUUCCUUCCGACUCUGCUCUGACAAUACAAGUCAUCUUGUACGACAGGCCGCAUCCAACUCAAAUGCAGUAUCUGUCCCUCAGGCCCAUGUCUUUGGCUUUGGAUGAUAAAGCCGAAUCAAGGAGCUGGGACCCAAUUUCCGAACGCACUGAAGAGGAGGAGGCGAAAGCGCGACAAAAGCAGGAGAAACUAGUGGAGAAGCUGAAGCUCCAUACAGUGAUUGCGCGACCUUCUACGCAGAAAGAGCGCGCAUUACCCAUGGUUAUCGAUCAGAUAAAUUGUUCAUUUGAACUAGAUGAACUUCUCCAAAAGAACGUUCCGCUGAUUGGCAGACGCUCGAAGCGCGCUCUGAGUGUCAGCGAGCGUGUCGUUGAGUCUGCAAACCAUGUGUGGGGCUACACAUACAGAUUCCUGUGUUACAUUGGCAGAGUGUGGAUAUAUCCUGUCCUCACCGAGCUGUUCAUCCUGGCUCUCAUGGCACUCCGAUUGGCUGCCGAGCUGGUCCUGCGGCUUCUCCACUGGCGACCACGAUUGGUGGAGUUUCCUGCGCUCAAAGACAUGUCUGCUACCGCUCAACAGAUAGACAUUCGACUACAACAGUUCUGCUAUUGGCCGAUCCAAUACCUCACACUACGCAGGAGGAAAGCAAACUGGGGUAGCAUUACUACCAGUCAUCCUGAGUACAUUCGAUUUUACAACAGCCUUUGGUUAGUUGCCAAUGAUAUUAUCAUCGGGAUUGCACUGGGAUCUUUCCUCUUCGAGAACGCUGCCUUCGUAGCGUCAAAAGUGGACACAGUUUUUACGACCUGGUCCAUCGAAGGACUCAGACGGAUGAUCUCCUGGCUAAUGGGAUGGCCCGGCGGCCUGAAGCUCAACAACGAGUUAGCGGAAUUUCUGGGCGACCUGUUCCUCUGGGUCAUCGACUGCUGGGCCGGUUGCAUAACAUUCUUCCGUCCCCAUCUGCCCCUGCUUAUUCGCUGUAUCGGCUUUUCCGCCUUCACUGGCGCCACCAUGCCCAUAUCUCUCUGUUCUGACCUUGUAUCCCUGCUUACUGUCCACAUCUAUGCCUUCUACGCUACCUCGGCAAGGCUAUAUUAUUGGCAGCUCACCAUCAUCAUAUCACUGUUCCACCUCUUUCGAGGCAAGAAGCGGAACGUCCUGCGUAACCGAAUUGACUCGUGCGAUUAUGAGCUGGAUCAACUCCUGCUCGGAACAAUCCUGUUUACCUUGCUUGUUUUCCUGCUACCAACGGUCUUCGUGUUCUAUCUGCUCUUUGCGAGCGCUCGAGUGGCUGCUAUCAGCUUGAAGGUUGGGCUUGAGGUUGGCUUGGCUUGUCUGAAUCAUUUUCCCCUCUUCGCGGUGAUGCUAAGAGUCAAAGACUCGCGACGACUGCCCGGUGGCAUCUACUUUGAACUUCGAAAGGAAAGCACGGAAACGCUAGCAGUCCAGCGUGGCGCACAAGCUGUUGCAACCUCUUAUGUGUUACUCAGAUCAAUACCACUCCCGCUGCGGGAUAUGUUCCACUCGUACUUCGAAGUGGGCCAUAGAAUACGAAAGCACUACCUGCUACCCGGUGUAAUCCUCCGCCUUGUUAGGGGCCAGUUUGUUCCGCCACUCCCCAGGCGGAAUCUAUACAGCUUGCAGUAUAGCAUGCUGCCGGCAAAGCGAGUAAGUAUGUCUGAGCUGUGGGCACGAUUGAAAGACCGUGAGCCAAAGCUCGGCGCGCCUGUUGCAGACGGUCACGGAUAUCCGAAACUGCGUACCAGACGCACUAUUGUAUCGAAUGGGCCAGUUCGUAAGGGCAGCUGGUAGCGCGAGUAUACAUGAGAUGGUUUGAAAUUUUGGCUGCGCACCCUUGGUCACAAACCGUCACUUAGCGUAACUUUCCUAUACGGCCUACAACGGAACUCC